GAUAGCCAGCUUAAGAAUUCCGAUUGUCAGUCCACACCCAAAGUCAACAGCCAAACAAACAUUUCCCAAGGAAAUCAUCAAAAUUUCCAUUUUUAAAUCAAAGCAUGCAAAAGGCGUCUCAAUUUGAACGCGAGGAUUCCCAGGAGCACCUUCCCACCAACCAACAUACCGUCAACAUGAAGCGCCACACCCUGUCCGGAAGUUGUGGCGUUGGCGUCUUCGUGUUCGCCUUUGCCUUCAUUGUGAUCGCCUUUGCUACGCCCAGCUGGCUGGUCAGCGAUUACCGCAUCACAGGAGCCAAGCUGGACCGGCUGGGGCUUUGGGUGAACUGCUUCCGUUCGUUGCGGGAUGUGAACGAUAACAGCCAGCGGAGGUUCUUCGUGGGAUGUCGUUGGGUCUACGAUCCCUUCACCACGGGCUACGACGAGAUCCGAGGCUUCCUGUUGCCAGCUUUUAUGAUUGCCACUCAGUUCUUCUACACCCUGGCCUUUAUUGGAAUGCUUCUCAGCGCUAUUGGUGUCCUGGUGUACUUCCUGUGCGCUGGCCCAGAUCAGAAGUACUUUAUAACCUUGAUCCUAUCCGUGGGGUAUGUACUUCUCGGUUCUGGCGUAAGUGCAGCCAUAGCAGUCAUUGUGUUUGCUUGCUUUGGCAAUCGGAACGGCUGGAUGCCCGAGCACGCGAACAACUGGUUUGGCUGGUCCUUCGUCCUCGCGUGCGUGGGCACUGUCUUCACCCUGGUGGCGGCCACUUUGUUCCUUAGCGAAGCCCAUGUCCAGCGAAGGAAGCGAUUGCAGUUCAAAGAGUCGCAGACGCGAUUCGAGUUGGUGCGCGGAUAGUCGCCUAGGUCGCUGACACACAUGCACUAAGGAAAAACACAUUCAGAAGAAACUAACAAAAAACAUUCCGUCCCACGAAGAAUUCUCACCCCAAUAAUUACAGUCAAACUUCUCCAAGUCGAAUAGUCAAAAGACAAACAUUUUAAAAUCAAAUUUAAACAAAGUACUCAUCUAAUAGUACCGCUGACUUACUAAAAAGCGUAUUCCGUCCCUAUUUGUCGGCGAAUAAUGGCGAAAAGAGUUCCAAUAAUUUUCAUAGAUAUUUUUACAUAAUUAUUAGAGCUAAAUAGUCCAUAAAAUUUAUCUUACAAGAAACGACAUAUCAAAAUUCAAUGUAAAUUUCAAUGUAAAAAUUAUGGUGAAAAUUCUUGUAACGCCUUUGUAAUGGAGAAGUUCGUCUGUAUGUAGUUUGUAGAUUAAUCAAGUUUAUGCAAUUUACCGAAUCGACACACCGCAUCGUAAGCUUUCAGUUUUUGGUACUUACAAUUCAUCCAUCCAAUCGACCAGAAUAGUUCCAAACGAAGACUGAAUGUUUUCCCGAAAAGAAUCACGUUUCCGCACAAGACAAAUAUGAAAUGAUACGCUCAACCAAAUGACUCACGUUUGUAGAGUAUACAGCUAGAUUUGCAUAAUGAUUUUCGCUCAAUUAACGCCCAGAGACAACCGACGCCACCCCCCAAACAAUUGUAGUUUUAUAUUUUUUUGUUGUAAAGUCGCAGGGUGGUCGGAACUAGCAACGAAAUCUUUCACCCGUGCCUUAAUUAGAGAGAACUGUAUUUGGGUAUAGUUUAUAGUGCCUAAAAAAAUUAUUGUUAGAGACCUGAUCGACUGACCUGCGACAAUUCCCUCCACACAUUGGAUUGCAUAAACUUCUGGUAAGCUAGUGCCUUAGUUAAGUGACACAGCGAAAGCUAAGCGAAAUACGUCCAUUAAGCUUAAGAAUUAACGAAACAUUCCGUUUUAUACAUUUUAAAAUUCAAAACGCGUUGCCUUCUUUUAAAGGCAACUAGAUCUGUAUUAAUAUUUAUCAAACUUUUGCACAAUGCUUUACAAAAUCGUCAAUUUGUAACAUAUUCUAAACCAAGCAAUGUAUUAGAAGCAAAACAAGAAUCUUUUUACCCCAUAUACAAUCAUAUUUGUAACAUUUGUAUUAUGUACAAACGACCUUUUUAGCUAAAGCGAAGAAAAAUAAAGUUUUUAUUGUAUACAACAUA